CACCAACUUUACUUUACUCACUUCACGACUUUCACUCACAACUUCACCCACAUCGUCGUCACUACCACCAUCUCAUGCGCAUGAGAGGCCUCAUCACCGCUCGACAUGUCGGAACCACGGCGGUCCACGAGGACGCGUGUCCGAGAAGAGGCUGCUCAGGAAGCCACUCCCACCGCCGCCCAGACCCCCGAACCUCUGAAGGAAACCCCCAGCAAGGCACCGACAAAAGCUUCGCUGAAGCGCAAAAGGUCAACAGCAGUAGUCGCGAAAGAGACCAAGGAAUCGACACCUGCCACUCCCGUACCUGAAGUCUCUGUCGAACCACCCAGGCUCAGACUGCCCAUCAGACUGACAGCUGGCGAGCCCUUGCCUACGCUUCCAUCGCCACAACCUCUGUCGCUGCCCGCAGACGAGUACCAGACACUCCAAGAAAGUGGUGUUCUCGGCGCAUCUCUCCAGGAGUCGAAAAAGAAUUGGAUAAGGAAUAACUUCAGAGUCUUCCACGCUCACUUUCAGCCUCCGAAAAAAGUGGCAGACCGUACCGAUGAGGACAAACAGAAGAUUCUCAAACAGAAGGAACUCAUCAGGAACUUCCCACAGAUUGGCAACAUAUGCCAACUUGUAAUCGAGCCGCAUACGUUCGACAUUCGACUCUAUGGUUCUAGAGAGGUGUACCGCCAGCCACCGAAGAAAGCCGUUCAAUACAAUCAGUGGCCGACUCACAACAAUCAAUACACGCACUCGCCGUAUCAGCAUCAACACCAACAUCAACACCAGCAUCAGCCCCAGCAUCAACACCAGCAGAAGCAACCUCAAUACCACCACAAUGCCCCGGCGCCGUAUCAAAACCCGCCACCACCUCCACCGCCCCGCCCUCAGCCAAAACCGCAACCGCCACCGAAACCAAAGCCGCCGUCCAAUACCACUAGUACGCCGGCACCCGAUCCCGUGAUUCACAUGUUGGCACAAAGGGCCGGUCAAGAUCCUGAAUUGAAGGCCAUCAUGAAGAUCGUGGCUGGGGGAACGGCGAAUCCAGAUCAGCUAGCUUUCUUCCAGAGGCACAUCACAGAGCUCACGGAAUUGCUGGCGAAGCAGAAAGAAGCUGCCGAGAAGGCUCAAGCGGCACGGAAGCAAAGAGAAGCUUAUCAAAACUAUCAGGCGCAGCAAGUGUCUCAGGCGCAUCAGGCUCCUUCUGCGCAACAGACGACGCAGGCACAUCCGUCAUCCCAGGCACAUCAAGCUCCGUCAGCAGGCCAGAGGGAUGCAGCGAACUCCCCUCAUCCAGCAAGCCAACCCCCUUCAGCAACUGUACCUCCGGCAACUCAACCUCCGGCACAUCAGACUCCUCCAGCACACCAGGCUUCUUCGGCACCACAGAGUUAUCCUUCGAAUCAAGGUCCUCCCGCAAACCAAGGCUCCACGGCAGGACAUGGUUCCCCAGCAGAACAGGCUCCUGCGGAGAAUCGAGCUAAUGCUGUACACCAAGCUCCCCCGGCGCAUCAAGCUCCCCCACCGACCGGAACUGCGACCCCUCCUGUUCCUCCGGUGAGUUCAGCAGUACCACAGGCACCGCCGGCGUCUCAGUCUGGCUCGCAGCAUACCCAGUUGCCCUCUGAGCCUCAGAAUGCACCAAAAUCAUACCAGCAACCUCAUUCCCAAUCUCAAAAUCAAAUCCCUCCACACUCUCAAGCACCAUCUCAAAAUAUCGGGUCUACACAACCUCCAACUCCAACUCACACCUCCUCUCAAUCACACCUUCCGCACCAAUCGCAGCACCAGACACAGCAUAAUGUCCAGCCUCCUACACCAAACCAGACACAGUCAUAUCAACAAUCAUAUUCGCAACACCAACCCCGCCCCCCACUACCAGCAUCGAACCAGUAUGCCAAUACUGCACCACCUCAUCAAGGAUCGGGAUCGUACCAGAAUCAGUAUUCCCAAAAUUACAAUUCAACACAAUACGCCCAGACGAACCAACAACAGCAUUCCCACUACUCCCAGCAGUCGUACCGGCCCCAGCAGCAACAACAAAAUUACCAACAGCAACAUUACCAAUCCCAUCAAUCUCAAUACUAUCCCAAUGCUCACAAUUCUCAGCAACAGGUCAUCCAAAAAGGAUACCGCCCACUCAUAUUCGACUUCGUGGAGGGCAAUGGCGACAAGUUCUAUCUCCCAUCGUAUGCUUUCAUGGAGUGGCUUCCGGGCCAACAGGGCGUGAAGAUGUCGUUCCUUGUAACGAAGAGGAAACCGAAGCCGAAGGAAGAACCGAAAGAAAAGGUUCCUUCGACACCCGCUCCAAAGGCGACACCUACAACCAAGAUGACACCAACAGCUGCGAAUCAACCAGGAUCGACGCAAGGUGCCGCAUCAGGCGCAACUCUCAAUGCGGCAGCGGGCGCCACUGUACCGGCUCCUAACGCAAAUGCAGACCCAAAUACGCCGGCGCAUGCGCCAUCGGCCUUCGCAACAGCAACGGGCCAGACGGGACAACAAGCACCGCCAGCAACACCUGCGACCCCGCAACCAGUUAUCCCACAAUACGUACCUCCGCCGCGCAUCGAAGACUUCGACGAGAAGACCGACAUCGACAACAUCAUCUUCUACCAGCCCAUCACCUGCAGCAUCGUCUCCAGCAACGCAGACAUCCUCGAUUCGCUGCCCCGAGCCGUGCGUCCCAUAGAACUAGUCGAGUCGUACAUGGAUAUCAUCUUCGACCGCUACCCCAAGGCAGAAGAGACGUACCUUGCAUUCCGGCUGCCGAAGGAGGGCGCACCCGACGCAGAAGGCACGGAGCUGCCGACCAGAGAGCACAGCGAUCGAACGCCUGCUCCCGUCGUAUCGACUCCUGCGCCGGUGGUGGAUACAGAUGUCGUCAUGGGCGGAACGGGACAGACCCCGGAGAAGAAGAAAGGUGCCGGCCGUCCUAGGAAGAGCUUGGUCACUUGAAGAAGAGAAGGCACACGUUCUCUUUCUCUACUUCUCUCAUAACCUCAGAUGCGAGGAGUACCAGCGCUAGGGAGGGAACGUCGGUACACGACAGGCAUGUACAAAAUAUGUUUAUAUAGUCCUCCUUUCUCUCACCUUGACAAUAUGAUACCCCC